AUGAUCGAAUCCACUUCCAAAUCAGAGCGAAUAUCUCGACCUCUCAUACUAAAUCGCGAAAUUAUCAAUAUUGAAUCACAUCAAUUAGUUUUGUUAAGUAAUAAUAUAUCGAAUAUUCCAUCUAUAGAAGAUUUACGUCGUAAUAUUGAUUAUACAAAACUAUUUUCAACUGUUGAAAAAUGUCUUCAAUAUAUUAAUCAGACAAAAAAUACUGUAACAUUUAUGAUUUGUUCUCGACAAUUUCUGCCAGAUUUAACUUCAAAAUUUCAAAAUUAUAAAUCUAUUUCAAAGAUUUAUGUUUUCGAUUUUUCAAAUGAUAGUACAAAUUCUGAGAAGAUAUUGCCAUCAUCCGAUUCUAGAAUAAAAGAAACCGUAUAUACAGAACAAAGUGUAUUAAUUAAUGAUCUUUCUCAUGACGUUCAACAAUAUUUACAUUUCGAAAAGCAAAGUGAUAAGUUAGCUGAAUUACAACAGACAAGUACAACCUAUUUUUCAUCAUCUUGGAUUACUUUAGUUGAUUUAUGGUGUCAUCUUCAAUAUCCCAUGAGAUGCCUAAUUCGACUUAUAUUAUAA